AUGCAGAUCAUCAGUACAAGUCUUGCACUACUCGUUCUCGGCGAUAUAGUUGGGGCAUUCGGCAGCGCAGCCAAGCGCGGAGAGCACGAAAAUCUGCCGUGGGAGGCCGCUACCCAGAAGGCCAAUGAAUUCAUUUCUCAACUGAAUAUCACCGAGAAGGCAAGGAUAGUGACUGGCAGCCUAAACUUCGGCGGACGCGGUUGCAUCGGUAACAUCCUACCCAUUGAGCGGCUCAAUUUCUCGGGGAUAUGUCUUCAAGACGGUCCCACGGCGAUGAAUCGCGCAGAUCUCGUCAGUGUGUUUCCGAGCGGAAUAACUGUUGCGGCUUCUUGGGACCGAGAACUUAUCUAUCAGAGAGGUCGCGCUUUGGGGGAGGAGUUUAGAGGGAAGGGUGCGCACGUUAUAUUGGGGCCCGUUGCUGGACCGCUUGGACGGCAUCCACUUGGUGGACGGAACUGGGAGGGCUUCUCCCCAGACCCAUACUUGACAGGCGUCGCUAUGGAAGAAACCAUCAAAGGGAUUCAGUCUAUGGGCAUUCAAGCAUGUGCCAAACACUAUAUCGGGAACGAACAAGAAGUACAGCGAUCGAACACAUUCGUCAACGGAACAGAGAUCGCCGCCAUCUCCUCCAACAUUGAUGACCGCACGUUGCACGAGCUCUACCUAUGGCCCUUCGCGAACUCGGUGAAAGCCAACGUUUCUUCGUUCAUGUGUAGCUACAAUCGGCUCAACCAAACAUAUGCCUGUGAGAACGACAAUAUCCUCAAUCAGGUUCUCAAGAAAGAACUCGGCUUCCAGGGAUAUGUCAUGUCGGACUGGUUUGCAACACACUCAGGUCCCAAGUCAAUUAACGCGGGUUUGGAUCUAGACAUGCCAGGGGUCAUAGAUGCAGCAUCGCUCAUCACUGGGGACAGCUACUUUGGCGGCAACAUCACCAAAUAUCUGGACGAGGGAAGCGUUGCAGAGGAGCGACUGGACGAUAUGAUUCGGCGAAUCAUGACACAAUACUACUUACUUAAGCAAGACAACUCCAACUUUCCGGAAACAGAUCCUACACUCUUGAUGACACUUGCAGCCUCUGUUGGCCAAUUUUUCGGUAUACCAGAGAUACCAGGUGGUCUAGUUGCUCGUGACGUUCGAGGAGACCAUGCCCAGCUCAUUCGCCAGAUGGCCGCAGAGGCUACGGUUCUUCUCAAAAAUACGAACGAGACGCUGCCAUUGAAAUCUCCUCAAAGCAUCGCAGUGUUUGGAAACGAUGCGAAUGAUCCCAUCAAUGGGCUCUACCAGGGCUCUAAUGAAGAUUACGAGUUUGGAGUCGUUGACAUUGGCGGUGGAUCAGGAACCGCACGGCAUACCUACCUUGUCUCGCCAUUGCAAGCGAUACGCGCGCGUGCAGAGAGGCAAAAUGGUACGAGAUUCCAACACAUCACCAACAAUGCCCUACUUGCGAGAGGAGAUUUCUCAUCCCUGUUUCCUGUUCCCGAAGUAUGCCUUGUCUUCUUAGGCACCUGGGCAUCCGAAGGACAGGAUCGGACAGAACUCGAGGCGGACUGGAAUUCUACUUUGGUUGUUGAAAAUGUUGCUGGAAGAUGUCCGAAUACUAUUGUCGUCACUCAUUCGGCGGGUAUCAAUUCAAUGCCUUGGGCGGACAACCCUAAUGUGACGGCGAUUCUGGCUGCUCAUCUUCCUGGACAAGAGGCCGGGAACUCCGUCGUGGACGUUCUUUGGGGUGAUGUCAAUCCUUCAGGUCGACUUCCCUACACGAUUGGGAAAGAGAGUAAAGAUUUCGGGCCUCCGAUCGUGAAUCUAACUGAGGCUGAAGUUACAUCGCCUACUGCCUGGCAAGCAAACUUUGUCGAAGGGCAGUUGAUCGAUUAUCGCCACUUUGAUUCCGCUGGAAUUGAUCCGCUGUAUGAUUUCGGGUUUGGGCUGAGCUAUACUACGUUUGAGGUUGAAGGUGAACUGGGUGUCGAAUCAGUCUCGGGUGGUGGUAACUUGACCGCAAGAACCACUCCAAUGAACACGGCUGUGCCGGGAGGUAACCCGGAGCUCUGGGAGACCAUUCUUCUGGCCAAAACUCAGGUCAAGAACACAGGCAAGCGUGCAGGCUCGGCAGUCCCACAGCUUUACGUCUCCUUCCCAGGCAGCGAAGUCCCCUCUGGAACUCCUCUGCAGGUGUUGCGAGGGUUCGAUAAAGUUGAUCUGGAGCCCGGAGAAUCCAAAGUGGUGAGCUUCAACUUGCAACGUCGUGAUCUCAGUUAUUGGAAUGUCGAUCUUCAGGACUGGGUUCUUCCAGCUGGUGCUUUUGAGUUCAAGGUUGGCUUUAGCUCGAGGAACACUGCGGUUUCGGCUUCGAAAGCUCUACGGUGACUAUCCAGCGACAGCGAAUUCAGCUCAACGAUGCCAUCUCAGGCAUACUUAAUCAGGUGAUAGUUAGACGGAAAGGCAAUGACAGUGGUUUGUGCUCUUCAAAUCUUUGCACGUGAUGUCGAGAGAAGGACCGUCUUCG